AUGUCAUCCAACGCCGCAGGCUUGGAGGCUCACUGGCCGCCACGAUCCCCUCGCGAGGCCCUACUGAGCACACCAGGCGGUCGCGAGCGAUACAGACAAAUACUCGCGCAGCGCUCAUCGUCACCGUCGCCCUCGAAAACACGAUCUACCCGACCAGCGUCACGCGGCGCGGCACAGUCGAUGAGCAUGGACACAGACGACCCCAUGGAUGUCGGGGAUCCCAUGGACGUGGACGACGAAGAUGACGAGGAGACGCUGCAGUUGAAACUCCAACAAAUACAGGCACAACUCAGGCUGAAGAAGCUGCGGAAGGACAAGGCGAGGUCCCAGAACGACCCACAUUCCUCCUUCAGCCAGCACUCGGACCAGGACAAUACCAAAGCAUCAAGACCAGGCUCGGCCUCUACGGCGCGGGCAGGUCUAAGAAUAAAGGAGAUCAGGAGGACAGAUGCAGCAGCACGGCCCCCUUCACAAGGUUCUGCUGUUGAAGUGCCAGCUUCGCCCGUGAGGAAGGCUCAACCACAGCCUGAGCAGACCUCCCCAAGUCGGAUCUUGCUCGGCAUAGACAAGGGGCUGAGAGGGAAGGACAUAUCACUGAAAAGGGCACCGAGUCUUCGAAAGUCGCAAGAUGACCCGGGAGGGUCGCAAGGCGCAGGAGCAGGGUAUCUGCACAGGUCCAGGACUCCAGGCUUAACGGAAGACAAACCGCGGCCACUGAGCUUCAACGAGAGGCUGGCAGCAGCUCGGACGGAGGAGAAGACCCGCGAGGAAACGAGAUCAAAGGCGUCCAAGUCGCGAAGCUCAGCUUUCAACGUUACCAAGCAGGAGAUGGAGGACUACAAGAAUGCUGCCGUGGACAUGGAAAAUGAGCCAUCACCCCGGGAUCGAGGAUUUGCCCGAGACGACACCACUGGGAAUGCGCCAUCCGAAAGACCAAGGAACGGACAUCUACACCGCAGCAAUACAGCACCUAGCAUACGGACAACAUCGCGUCUAGGACAUGGCACCACGGACUCUGGAUCGUUUUCAUCUCAAGUCGCAGGCUCAUUCUCCUCAAUAACAUCUGAGACCCCGAAAUCACCCUCUGCUUCAUUCGACGUCUACUCUGGUUUUCAUUUGUCCAAGCGCAUCCUGCCACAUCAAGUCGUGGCCCGCGCUGUUUCCGGCAAAACGACAUACUCGAUCCAGGACUUGCUCCGCCAGGUCAAAGCUCCAGACUGGUCCCUCCCUGAUAACGUGGUCGACAGUGUUGUGUUCGCAAUUGUAGCCUCCAAGUCAGAUCCUCGUCAUCACAAACCUCAGUAUGACGCCGAGACGGGGAAGAUGAAGCAGUCAGACAGGGGCAAGUACAUGGUCUUGUCCCUCGUCGACCUACAGUACGAGAUUGAGCUCUUCCUCUUCAACUCAGGCUUCGAGCGCUUCUGGAAACUGUCCACGGGCACCGUCGUCGCUAUUCUCAAUCCAGACUUUAUGCCACCGCCACCAGGACGUACGGACACUGGUCGUUUUAGUUUGACGAUCAAGUCCGAUGCGGACACGAUUCUCGAGAUCGGCGCGGCGCGAGACCUGGGGUACUGUAAAUCCGUCAAGGCGGACGGCAAGCUCUGCAACAGCUGGGUGAACGCCCGGCGCACCGAGCACUGCGAAUUCCACACCAACACGGCUCUGUCCCGGACCCGAUCAGCCCGGCAGGAAGUCAAUGGCACGGGGGGUCUCGGCAAUGGCUAUAAAGGCCCCCGCUCUAAAGACCGAACCUGGAAGGAGAGCGCCGAAGCCAAGAGGCAGGCGAAGGUCGAACAGGAACAUGGCAAAUUCGACUGGGAGACGCGGAGCCGCUACUUCAUGAACGGGGGCGGCCGCGGCCAGAGCGCGUCAUCGCUGAUCGAUCGCGACGGAAUCGUCUCCGACAAGCGGGAGAGGGCAGAGGGCCUGAAGAGGAAACUAGCCGCGCAAGAGAAGGAGAGGGACAUCGCGAAGAAGCUGGGCGAGAUGGGCAGCGGCAGCAUGGGCGGGGAGUACAUGCGCAUCUCCGGGGCAGCACAGCCGGCGGCGGGGGCCUCCUCUUCGAGGGCGGGCCCCCGCGCCACCUCGAGGCUCAACGGCACGAGGGGCCCGCGCACCGUGCCGUCGUCCUCGACGUUCAAGCCCGAGGUCAGGCUCCCGGGCAUCUCCCUCCCCACCAACAACGAGGAGGACCAACCGCGUAAGACCGACGCCCGCUCGCUGGGCCUGCUCGCCGAGAGGGGCGGCGCCGGGCCCAAGAUAUCCCUCAGCCCAGUCAAGCGCAAGCGCCAGGACAGCACCCUUUCGUCCAACAGUUCCUCCUUUGACUCGAAACCCUCCGGCGCCGCCGGCUCGUCCUACACCGCCGCAGCCACCAGCAGGCUGUCGGCCGCGACCGGAAGGCCUCCCGGCGGCUUCGGCUGGGGCACAUCGCUACGGGACAAGCUCUCGCGCAUGAAGGCCGGCGAGAGGCUGUCCCUGCACACGAGCCACAACAGCACUAGCACCACGGCUAGCAGCAGCGGCAGCAGCGGCGCCGGCGCCGGCGCGGGUACGGCGGCCGGCGGGGCGUUCCGCGACAAGGACAGGUCGCCCGUGCGCAAGAAGACGCGCUUCGUGACGGAGAAGGGCAUCCGCGAGGCCGGGCGCGAGAGCCUGCCGGGCUCGGUCGUCGCCGACCCGGGGGUCUCGAGGGACUGGAGCAGGAAGCUGGCGUCGAGGCAGCGGCAGCAGGAGGUCGUCCUCGAGGGUGACGAUGAUGACGAUGAUGAUGAACUUCUUGUUGUACGAUAA